CACCACUCCUCUUCAGCACGAGCAGUCUCAGUAUUGAAUCGGUUAGCAAUAGCAGAAAAGACGCUUUAGCAAUGACCGCGGGGUCGUCCGGAAGAGGUAGAGGAGGUACUGCUGCUGCUACUGGGGGACAAUUUGAUGUAGUAGUGAAGAAUUACAGGAGGGAGGACGAGUCCAGAACCGCCCAACAAAGGAAGCCGUCCCACGAGAUCAGGCCGCCUCUAGGAGAGCCUCUCGUUCCAGGGUUCUUUGAGCAAGCAGUUGUACCAGGUGUGAGAACAUCCCCGUCCAACUGGCCAGAAUAUACUACAACAUCAGGGGCGGCGCAACCACAACAACCUGGAGUCGUCCAAACAGGAGACGCAGUGGAAAUGGUGCUGGGGCAGCAAACACUUCUGAGUUUUUCA